CAUUGCUUUCCUUAAACAUCAAGUUAUCCUUUUUCAACUCACUUACUCGGUUCUUGAAACAGAGGUGUAAGAAUUUCUCACUUUCUCGCUCUCUCUCAAUAUGUCUAUCACAGUUCCUCUGUCCAAACACAAGGGUUACUACACCUUGUUCCUGAACACCUCCUUUCUCCUAUUGAUUUGUGCUUUCAUGAUUACUCACUUCCACACUGCAAAAAUUGAUGUGGUGGUGAGUAACAACUCCGGUUUUCAUGAUGGUAGCGAAAAAGAACAGGACUGCAAGAGCUUAGACAACAUAGCUGACUACAAAGCCCAGUGCUUGUACCUUAAAUCCCAUGACCCAUGUGUCUCUGAGGGAUAUAUUGAUUACCUUUACCUUUUCCAUUGCCAAUUUGGGAGAUUCCCUCUAUUGGGUUACACUCUUUUGUUUCUCUGGCUCCUUGUUCUGUUUUAUCUCUUGGCUAGUACAACUUCUGAGUAUUUUUGUCCUUCCCUGGAAAACCUCUCUAAAUUGCUGAGAUUGUCACCUACAAUUGCGGGAGUGACUCUUCUCUCUCUUGGAAAUGGUGCGCCUGAUGUUUUCUCCAGCCUUGUCUCUUUCCAGGGUACUGGGACCCAGAGCAUUGGCUUGAACAUGGUUCUUGGAGGGGUUUCUUUUGUUUCAUGUGUUGUGGUUGGAGUAGUGAGUAUUUCAAUAAGGCACAGGGGGGUUCAAGUUAUGAAAUAUGCUUUUGUAAGAGAUGUUUGUUUUCUUCUUAUGGUUCUCAUGUGCUUGUCAUGUGUUUUGAUUGCUGGUGAGAUUGAUGUUUUUGGAGCAAUUGGUUUUUGUUUGAUAUAUGGGGUGUAUGUGAUUGUGGUUUAUGUCUCUUCUACGCGAUGGAAGGAAGGUGGUGGUGGUGGUGAUGCCGAAAAUGGUUGUAUUUCAAGUUACGGUGAUGACUUGAGUUUUAGUGUCCCUCUUCUCAUAGAUGUGAAGGAAGGAUCUAUUGAUUGUGUUCAAAAUGUUAUUGAAGAGUAUGACCUGAAUUUUGAUAAGAGUUGUUGUCGCUUGAGAUCUUCGAUUUGUCGAAUAUUGCUUUAUGUUCUUGAGAUGCCCCUUUAUUUGCCAAGGAGAUUGACAAUUCCUGUUGUAUGUGAAGAGAAAUGGUCAAAGCUGUAUGCAGUUUCUUCAGUGGUAUUAGCACCACUUCUUUUGUGUGUUUUGUGGAACCCUCCCACAGGAAACAGUUUCUUCAGUACAAACCAUAUUGUUGUUUAUGGAAUUGCAUCCUUGGUUGGCCUUGUGUUUGGUGUAACUUCAUUUUUCGCAACCGAAAUGACACUGCCACCAAAGAGGUGCUUAUAUCCUUGGCUUGCAGGAGGGUUUGUAAUGAGUGUGGCAUGGAGUUACAUUAUAGCUCAGGAGCUAGUAGGAUUGUUGGUUUCAAUUGGGCACAUUUGCGGAAUUAGUCCUUCAAUACUAGGGUUAACAGUUCUUGCCUGGGGGAAUUCACUUGGGGAUUUGCUGACAAAUUUAACCAUGGCUCUAAAUGGAGGACAAGAGGGUGCUCAAAUAGCAAUAUCAGGUUGCUAUGCUGGUCCAAUCUUCAAUACUGUUGUUGGGUUAGGCUUGUCUCUUGUGGCUGCAACAUGGUCACAGUACCCACAAUCUGUUCUGAUCCCUAAAGAUCCAUUUCUUUGGGAGACUUUGGUGUUUUUGGUUGUUGGAUUGGUUUGGGCUCUUGUGGUUUUGAUUAAAAGAGAUAUGAAGCUUGAUGGAGUCUUGGGAGGAGGGCUUUUAGUUGUUUACGUUAUUUCUUUGUUUCUGAGGCUGAUUCAAGAACAAGAAUCUCUCCAAUCUUAUGACAUUUAGGCUUAGAUGCUUAGGAUUAUAAGAUGACAGAAGCAUUGAAUUUGUCAUCAGAUUAUUGUAACUAUAUUUGUGACUAUGGUGUAAAUUUGCUAGUGGUAUAAUUCUCACUGCUCUCUUUGUAAUUAGCUUCCCUAGGGCAUUGGCCUUUUCUGAACAUCCAUAUCAAUGAAUUGUAAUUGAAAUA